AGUUUAUCCUCUCAUUCACUAGGUCUAUAAUUCACUCAGCAACUCAGCUUAGUUCAAUUUUUCGUUACCUCGUUGCGCGUUUAGUGAUUUGAAGCCGCGUGACUAUCGUGAAAUAAGUACAAUAUCGGCGAUUGUAUUUACGACUUUUUGAGUGAAAAUGGAGGAUAUAAAAGCCGGUCAAAAUCUGAAUAUGUUCCUCAUCGGCGGGCUUACGAUCUUAUUAUGUUUUAUAUUACACUUAGUAUAUAAAGCCAUCUUCUCCACUACGAAAAGAGAUGCAUCGCUAACUACAGAGAGCGAUUCAGGUGCUCACGUAGACGACGCCGUCUCUGAAGCAAGGCAAGUCGAGAGCCGGCCAAGUAAAAGCAAGAAACGUGCUCAAUGGAAGGGAAAAUCGGAGUUCACACAUCCCUGGCUACUGAAGAAUCUCAAAGGUCACCCCGGCAACGUGCUUCAUAUGGAUUUCUCAGCAAACGGAAAAUUCAUGGCAGCAACAUGUGACGAUGGCUCUGUGAUUCUAUGGGACAUCAGGAAUCUGAAUCAGAAGGACCACAAGACUCUGCGUGUGAACAUACCAUACGACUACGCGUCGCGCGUCGCAUGGAGCCCCGACUCUAAAGCGUUCAUAGUGCACACUUCCAGAGAUAACAAUAUCAUCGUCUACAAGAUCGAGAAGAAGAAAGACGGCGCUAUUGGUUCUGCCACACCCGUCAUCGCUUUUGAUAAGGUUCACGAGGACAUCAUUGCCGGCUUUGGUAUUUCGAGCAACGGAAAAUUCAUGAUGUCGUGCUCCACUAAAACGGACAUGGUGAUCUGGGAUCUGAAGGGCCAACAACUAGACCGUCUCGACACUUAUUUGAUGAGUACACAUUCUGCCAAGAUAUCGCCGUGCGGUCGCUUCGUAGUUGCCACUGGUUUCUCGCCCGAUGUCAAAGUGAUGGAGGUCUGUUUCACGAAGACGGGGGAGUUUAAACAAGUGACAAAGGCUUUCGAGUUAACCGGCCAUUCCUCCGGGGUGUACGAUGUAGCAUUCGACGUUGACACUUCCCACAUCGCCACCAUAUCUAAGGACGGCACGUGGAGGCUCUACCACACAAAGAUUGAGUACAGUCGCGGUGAAUCUCCUCACGUGCUGGAGACUGGCACGUACUCGCAGUGCGCGGCCUCGCCCACCAUCGCGCUGUCGCCCAAUGCGGAGGUGCUCGCAGUGACGGUUGAUGGCGCCGUCGAGUUCUACGACACGUAUACAGGACAACUGUAUGAUACAGUCGAAAAUUUAUACCCAGGCAUUGUUAGCUACAUAUGCUUUGAUGCGAGCGGCAAAUAUCUAUUCGUCUGUGGAGAUAAGGUUGUGAGAGUGCUGCACAAUGUGUGCGGAUACUUCACCACUAUAGGUAGCUGCACCCGACUCCUCUCGCACAAGCAGACCUCGGCGACCACGGAGAGACUCAACGACACAAUCAAGUCUUGUAAAGAGAUUCUCGCAGGCUUCGGGAAGCAGGCCUAAGUUACUAUCGAAUUGUAAAAAUCGACAGUUUUUAAUCUCACUAGCCAUACACACUAAAACAAAUCAUUUAAAUUAAAAAAAAAACAUAUUCGUAAGUAAUGCUGCAAAAUGUUGUCUAAAAUUCGUUCAGUUUACAAUUUGGUGCCAUUUUAUAAUUUGUCUAGAGAGAUUAUAAACUGGCGAAUAUUAUUGUAUAACAGUAUAUGUCAAAUGCAUUUAUUUUUUGCCCCACUGACCUAGAAGGGUAUAUAUUUUUAAUCUAUAUCAACUAAGUUGUACUAUUGUCCAAUGAACCAGUGUUGAAUGUCUAUAUUUCUGAUGUUUCUCAUUUAAAUAAUCUGUAUUUUGUAUGAUCUAUUGAAAUUUGGAAAUUAUUUAUUAAAUUCUUCCUAUAUGAAA